AUGAUAUCGGCUUUAGCGUGGGUCCCUCCCGGAGCGUCCUCGCAGACGCCGAAAUUUACCGACAUUCCCGAAAGCGCAUUGAAAGAAACUCGAGAACGGAUGAAACGAAGGACGGACGUGGAGGACGACAGCGACGACGACGACGACGACAAAAGCGAAGAGAAGGACGAGGAGAAAGAAGAAGAAGAAGACGACGAUGACGAUGAAGAAGGUAUGGCGGACGAGCAAGAGAUGAAAGACGCGUUGAAUGAUGAUGACUCAGAAGAAUCCGAAUCAGACUCAGACGUGAAAGAGAAAAAAAAUGAAAAGAAAAAAGCGAUACGGAAAGCGCAAGCGGUCGCGAACGCCGCGAGAGGUAUCACGGACGAUUUAGCCGAGCUGGACAUGGAUAACUACGACAACGAUGAUUCAUACGACGAAGAUAUUCAAGAGAGACAAUUAUUUGGAAAAAUGAACUCGGAGUUUGAAUCAAACCAAGACGACCCGUACGUGACGAUUAAGGACUCGGACGACGACGAAGAGGAGGAAAAUCCGGACGAUUUCGGGAUUUUAAAGAACGAUUUAGUAGUGUUAGCGGCGAGAGCAGAGGAAGAUGCGAGCCACUUAGAGGUUUGGGUGUAUCAAGAGGCGAUAACAAACGAGGAGACGCACGAGACCGAGGCGAAUUUGUAUGUGCAUCACGACGUGAUGUUACCGGCGUUUCCGUUGUGUUUAGCGUGGAUGGAUUGCUGCAAAGAUACAGGCGCGAAUAAUCGAGGCUCGUAUUGUGCUGUUGGGACGAUGUAUCCAGGGAUUGAGAUUUGGGAUUUAGAUUGCAUCGACGCGGUGGAGCCGGCAGCGACUUUGGGCGGGUACGAUACCGCGGAUGUGAAGAAGAGUUCGAGCGGAGGAAAGAGUAAGCCUAAAGUAAAGAAAGAAGGGCACCAGGAUGCAGUUUUAGGCAUGUCAUGGAAUUCGCAGUUUCGAAACGUGUUAGCGUCGGCGAGUGCAGAUAAAACGGUAAAGAUAUGGGACGUUUCGACGGAAACAUGCACGGAAACCUUGACGAAACACACCUCCAAAGUGCAAUGUUUGGAGUGGAAUCCGGAGGAGAGAACGGUUCUCGUUUCGGGUGGUUUUGAUAAGCAUGCCAGAGUGUGCGACGUUCGAGCGCCGAAAGAGGCGAGCUUAGAUUUCAACGUCGGCGCCGAUUGCGAAUCGGUGUGCUGGAGCGCGAGAAAUCCACUCGAGUUUUUCGUUUCCAACGAGGAUGGCGAAGUCGCCUGUUUUGAUACGCGAAUGGCGUCUUCAAAUAUUAAUAGCGGUGGAAAGAAAAAGAGCAAAAAGUCGUCGUCGGGAACGUCUUCAGCCGAAAGAUGGCGCAUUAAAGCGCACGAAGAAGCAACAACGUCUGUUUCGUGUUGUCACGGCUCUCCAGGUGCGUUUUUAACGUCCAGUACGGACGGAACGCUGAAGUUGUGGGACGAAAACGUCGGAUCGACGCCGAAGUUGCUCGCCGCGAAUACGGCUGGUGUGGGUGCUGUGUUUUGCGCGGGUUUUUCUCCGCACUUGCCAUAUUUAGCUGCCGCUGCCGGGAGUGCCGGUGCGGUUUCUGUAUGGGACGUUUUGAGCGAAGAUGCGGUGAGACAGUCGCGCCACGGACCGCUGUUAGAGCGAUAUGAGGCACAAUUCAAUUAG